AAAAAAACUUUAGUCGAUGGCUCAUUUGCCGCCCGAAUCACAGUCUUACAAAAUUUUGUCUUCAAUCAUCAACCAAUUUCUUUGGCAAACAAAUUCAAGAAGAAAAAAAAUUAUGAACAGUUUCAAUUCUACUUCGAAUUUCUGUCUUCUUCUCUUUGUCGCUUCGUAGAUGAAGAGGUGCAGAAAUGGCGAACUGUGGGAUUUUGAGCAUGAGAUUCUUGGUGGAGAUGAUAUUAUACUUGGAAUCGAUGGCGGUACCACUUCAACUGUUUGUGUUUGUAUCGCUCUUUCUGAUCCUAGAGUUGUUUCUCCUUCAAUAUCUUGUCCUAUGCUCGCUCGUGUUGUUGGUGGCUGCUCAAAUCAUAAUAGUGUUGGCGAAACUGCUGCGAGGGAAACACUGGAGCAAGUUAUGGCGGAGGCACUUUCAAAGUCUGGUUCAAUUCGAUCUUCAGUUCGAGCGGUCUGUCUAGCUGUUUCUGGGGUCAACCACCCAACGGAUCAACAAAGAAUUUCGGAUUGGCUUAGGGAUAUCUUUCCCUGCCAUGUAAACCUAUAUGUUCAAAAUGAUGCUGUGGCGGCUCUUGCAAGUGGCACUAUGGGAAAGCUUCAUGGAUGCGUUUUAAUUGCUGGAACUGGAACAAUUGCUUAUGGAUUCACUGAGGAUGGCCGUGAAGCUAGAGCUGCUGGUGCAGGACCAAUCUUAGGUGAUUGGGGAAGUGGAUAUGGGAUAGCUGCACAAGCGUUAACUGCAAUAAUUAGGGCUCAUGAUGGACGAGGUCCUCAUACAAAGCUCACUUAUAGCAUUUUGAAGACACUCGAUCUUUCUUCCCCAGAUGAACUAAUAGGGUGGACAUAUGCGGAUCCAUCCUGGGCUCGAAUUGCUGCUCUUGUUCCAGUUGUUGUAGCAUGUGCUGAGGCAGGUGAUGAGGUUGCUAACAACAUCCUCCUCGAUUCAGUUGAAGAGCUGGCUUUGAGUGUGAAAGCUGUAAUUCAAAGACUCGGCCUAGCUGGUGAAGAUGGACAAGAGGCAUUUCCUCUCGUUAUGGUUGGUGGUGUCCUCGAAGCAAAACGGAGGUGGGAUAUAGCAAAAAAAGUCAUAAAUUCCAUAUCCAAAGAAUAUCCUGGGAUUCUUCCUGUUUGGCCUAAGGUGGAACCUGCGCUUGGGGCAGCGUUGCUGGCCUGGAAUUUUUUGAGUAAGGAUUAUCAACAGGAAGGAAUAUAGAAGGUGUUCAUUAGCUUGAUGAGAAAGAACUGAUGAACAUGAACUGUACAGUUUCAUUGUCAGACCAAACUUAAUUAGCAAUGUUGGAAAGAUAAGGUAGAAACUUGAAGCAGUCUUAGCUAUGUGUUAAUGUCUUAAGGUCUUUAUUGUUAUAGUUUAGCGCCUUCAUGUUAAGGUAAUAUAUUCUUUUGGUUUAAAGUCCGAAGGUAGCACACAUUGUGCUUUUAUAGUGCCAUGUACUUCUAGUUGUGGAUCCUUGUGAUCCAAUUAAAUGGUUGUGUUGUGAACUUUAUAUGGAGGCAAAAUCUAAUUGAAUGCAAGCAUUUUUGGUCUUUCAAAGUCAAAA